UCCCCGGAACUGAAAAACGUAUACAACAAAGAUGGCGGUCCCCGGCGAGGCAUCGGUGAACGAAUCACACGUGGGGAAAAAGAAGACGCCUCCAGCGCGUUACUGGAAGGAGACACAGGAGGAGGGGAAAGAUGGAGACAAAGUGGGGAAAGACGGAGAACAGACCGAACAGACUGUGCAACAGAAGAAGAAAAAGACGCAGAAAGCGAAGAAAAGAAAGCAAAAAGAGGAUCAUAGAGAUGGAAAGAAAUUCAUAUCAGGGAAAUCCGAUCCCUUCCCUGGGCCUGCUCCUAUUCCAGAAGACAGGGUGCAAAAGUUCAAGAGGAAAGAUAAAAUAAAAAAGCCUCACCACCAGCAUUACAAGCUGAGAGACGUGAUAGCUCGCUCAGAAGAAGCUUCCGAAAUGGCUCAGAAACAAGCUGCCCGGUUUGACCUUCUCCUCCCAGAGGAUGCAGGGUUUCUGGAAGGAGAUGAAGAUGAAGACACAUGUACAGUCUCUCAGGAAGAUAUUGCAGAUGCUGUAGAUAUAACAUCUGGGGCAAAGUAUUUUAAUCUAAGACUGCCUCAAUUUGGACCAUAUCGACUGGAUUACAGCAAGACCGGCCGUCACCUUUUGCUUGGUGGGAGGAGAGGCCAUGUUUCUUGUAUUGACUGGCAGUCCAAACAGUUAAUGUGUGAGAUAAACGUGAUGGAGUCUGUGAAUGAUGUAAAGUGGCUCCACAGUGAGACAAUGUAUGCGGUGGCCCAGAAGAAGUGGCUGUAUAUCUACGACUCCAAUGGAAUAGAGCUUCACUGCAUCCGCAAAUUCAAUGACGUCCUUCGCAUGCAGUUCCUCCCAUACCACUUUUUGCUAGCCACAGCGAGUGCUACAAGUUUCCUGCAGUACCUGGAUGUGUCUGUGGGAAAGGAGGUGGCAGCCAUCUGCACCAAGACUGGCCGUCUUGACGUGAUGUGCCAGAACCCUCAUAAUGCCAUAAUCCACCUAGGCCACCACAACGGCACGGUUACCCUCUGGUCGCCCAACCAGAAAGAAGCACUUGUCAAGAUGCUCUGUCACCAGGGCGGUGUGCGCUCCGUCACUGUAGACAAGACGGGCACAUACAUGGUGACAUCUGGCAUGGAUAAAAAGCUGAAGGUAUAUGACAUUCGAACCUUCAAGCCCCUCAAGUCCUACUUCCUCCCUGCUGGAGCUUCCUGUUUGUCACUGAGCCAGAGGGGGCUGCUGUCUGCAGCCACGGGGGAUAUUGUUCAGGUAUACAGGGACGUGUGGAGCACUCCGGUGACUAAACCCUACAUGGCUCACAGAGUUCGAGGAACAGCUUGGGGGCUGCACUUCUGUCCCUUUGAGGAUGUCCUUGGGGUGGGGCACGGAGAGGGUUUCACCAGCAUGCUUGUACCAGGUGCGGGAGAGCCUAAUUUCGAUGGUCUAGAUGCAAAUCCUUACCGUAGUGCAAAGCAGAGGCAGGAAUGGGAGGUUAAAGCUCUGCUGGAGAAGAUCCAGCCAGAGCUCAUCAGCCUUGACCCCAGCGAACUGGGACGGGUUGACCACGCCACCUUUGAGCAAAGGCACCAAGACAGGGUCCAAGCUCUGGGCUUUGACCCACUUGCCAAAGAAAAAUUUGUUCCCAAGUAUAAGAAAAAAGGGCGUAGUUCUGCUGGCAGUGUUGAAAAGCGCAAGAAACAAGUGGCUCAUGAGGACCAGAGGGAUGUUAUCAGGAAGACUGUGGAAGACAAAAUGAAAAUGGAAAAAGAGAAAAAGCAGAGGGAGAAGAAGGCAGCAGUAUUAUCUAACCAGAGAUCUGCUCUGGACAGAUUCAAAAAAUAGAAAAGAAGGACCCUUUAUGCAGCCAAAAACCCAGUGACAUUCUGUGGGAGUGACCUUUGAACCUCAUAUAAAAGACAUAUAAACCUUUUUUGUGGACACAUGACUCUACUGUGGGAACAAAACACAAACAGCAAAAAUUCUGAAUGUAGUCAGUUCAUUCAAAUCAAGACCCAAUCUGACGGGUUCAUUUAUAAUUAAUGUUGAGUGCAGUCAUGGAGCAGUUCACUUUAAUGCCUGUGGCCUGAAGCACUUCCUGUCAACAUGGGGCGGAUAAUGCCAUGGCUGCGAUAGGUGUCACCCAGAAUUUGUGUUUAGUUGUAUUUUUUUCUCUACUGAUAAAUAUAUUUUUCACUCAUUGUACUUUGGUUGCUGAACUGAAUUAGCAUGUUAGAUGUUGUAUAUAAAUAUGUUCCAAAAAUAAACAACAUAAUGCCAA